AUCACGCGCAAAGCCGAGGAGCCCAGGAACAGCAUCCAAGAGAGAGGCGAGACGGGAGGAAACGGGAGGAACUACUACUCGACGCCAAACCAAGCACCUCUUCCCAUUUCCCGCGAUCUCUUCCUCCUCGAAUCCCUCUCUCUCUUCUUCGGUUCUAAAUUCUAAUCCUUCUUCGCGCUGUGGUCAUGGAGUUGUUUUCCUCCCGAAACGUCCUUGGAGGUGGCCUUCAACUAAUCAUCGCCUUCUUCCUUGCCAUGAUCCUUGUUCCCUCAGUCAGAUCAGAAGUAUCAUCGGAUACAGUUCCCUUUAAGCGGUCCUCUAUUUUACCAAACCAAAGAGAUGCCAAAGGAUAUAGGCGUCUGCAAGCUUGUCAGAACUGCCGGAAUGAACAGGAACAUGGUUUCAGGACGGGCAGUUUGGCUGGGCAACUUGACUCCCGUGAACUAGAUGGGGGUGUUGAUAUAACUGUAACAUACAUAGAUUUUUUGGGUAAACUUCAAACAUUCAAGGUCAACUCAAGAAACCUGUCUUCUUCGUGGGUGUGGGAGAGUUCUUUUGGUGCAAACCACACACAAGCGAUGGUUGUGCUGAGGCGAGAAGGGUCAUCUCAAAAAAUUGUGAGUGGGAUACAGGACAAUGCUCAACCUUCUACCGAUCAAAAUCAACAAACUGCCCCUAUUAGCCCAAUGAAGCUUAAACGGCAGCAAUUACGACAGAAAAGAAAGGAAAUGCGAACUCAAGAGCUAAUUAACAUGAGCAAAGAAACUGAACUAGAGAUGCAAAGAGCAGCCAUUGAACGUACAAAGCAGUUUAAUAACAUAGUCCGGGGAAAAUACAGCAUAUGGAGGAAGGAAUAUAACAACCCUCACUCAGAUUCCACUUUGAAACUAUUGAAAGAUCAGAUUAUCAUGGCCAAGGUGUAUGCUGGCAUUGCCCGUUCCAGGAAUGUAUUUGAUCUUUAUGAUUCUUUGAUGAGACACAUCAAAGAUAGCCGACAAGCUAUUGGAGAUGCAAAUUCGGAUACUGAACUGCAUGAAAGUGCUCUUGAACGAGCAAAAGCAAUGGGCCAUGCUUUAUCUGUGGCAAGGGACAUGCUACUUGACACUGAUGUAGUGGCAAGAAAGUUACGGACCAUGGUCCAGUCUGCAGAUGAAAGCAUAAAUGCUGUGAAGAAACAUAACGCAUUCUUAGUCCAGCAUGCUGCAAAGACUAUCCCUAAACCGCUCCACUGCCUACCUUUACAGCUAACAACCGAUUACUUCUUGCACAACUAUACCAGCAAAGAACUAGCAGACAAGAACAAGCUUGAGGAUCCUUUCCUCUAUCACUAUGCUAUAUUCUCUGAUAAUGUUCUUGCAACAGCUGUAGUUGUCAAUUCUACUGUGAUACAUGCCAAAGAGCCAGAAAAACAUGUAUUUCAUAUAGUUACAGACAGGUUGAAUUAUGCUGCUAUGAGAAUGUGGUUCAUUGUCCAUCCUCCUGCACCUGCGGCAAUUAAUGUGGAGAACAUUGAUGAUUUCAAGUGGCUUAACUCUUCUUACUGUUCAGUUCUUCGUCAACUUGAGUCAGCCAGGAUUAAAGAAUACUACUUUAAAGCAAAUCAUCCAUCAUCUCUUUCUGUUGGGAAUGAAAAUAUCAAAUAUAGGAAUCCCAAGUAUCUUUCUAUGCUUAACCAUCUAAGGUUCUACAUGCCAGAAGUGUACCCAAAGCUUGAUAAGAUACUUUUUCUUGAUGAUGACAUUGUUGUUCAAAAGGAUCUGACACCGCUCUGGUCUAUAGAUUUGAAGGGGAUGGUGAAUGGUGCAGUUGAGACAUGCAAAGAGAGCUUUCAUAGGUUUGAUACUUACCUCAAUUUCUCGCAUCCCAAAAUCUCCGAAAAUUUUGAUCCACAGGCUUGUGGAUGGGCAUUUGGAAUGAACAUCUUUGACUUGAAGGAAUGGAAGAAGCGAAAUAUCACUGGAAUAUAUCAUUAUUGGCAAGACUUGUUACUGGGCAGAAUUCAAUUCCUGGGACUUUGUUUGCAUGGAAUUUGGGAAGUGAAAUAUAUUCUACUAGUUGAUGGAUGUGUUGCUAGGUGAUGGGUGAUGGGGACGAGUGCUGAAUAUUAUGAAGAAAGUUGUCAUUUUUGUUAUGAAGAAAGUUGUCAACUCCAUGCAUUUUUUCCUUGAGACUGCAUAUUUUUCUGGUGUGUCAUAUAGCUUUUUGUUCCUUCUAUUUCCUUUUUUUUUCUCCUGGGUGCAUGUGUGGGGGUUGUUGCACUACAAAGUCCUCUUCAAAAUUAGUUCAUGUUUCAGAAGUUUAAAGCUUUGAGAUUCUGCACGUCUGUUGUGUAAAUUGCAUUGUAGGUGGUGGCAUAUAUUGUUUCUUUUCCCUUGAUAACCAGGCAAGACUACAUGUAUAAUCCUAGAAAGUUAUCAUUGUAGUUUUGAUCUAAUUGCAAUCAUGCUUUCUUGGGGAAAUUCUGUAUCGUUUUUUCGAAAUUCUCUACCGUCAUAUCUUGAACAAAUGACAUGUUGGCUAUAUUCAUGCCAGCAUAUGCUCAUGCCUGAGGGCUUGUUUGGAUGUGUGAAGAAAAUUGCUUCUUGGAGAGGCAUAAAAGAGAAUCUGAAGGGGUUUGGGAAGUCCGUUGAUCUCCAUAUAUCAGAAGGGGUGGGGGAAGAGGCAUGGAAGAAGUUGAAGGGAUUUGGUGAUUUCUAUUAAAAAUGGGAAUUGGGGAAUUGAUGGACUUCCUGAUCCUUCCAGCUUAUCUUUCUAUGCCUGUUAAGAUACAGGUUCUCACUUCACUUGGCAGAACAAAGGAAUAGCCGGUUCAUGCAUUGGAGCAGACGCUAAAGUUUAAUUUUAUUGUUCCAUGAAUAUCUGAUGUGAUUGACAUGGGUACAGCAUGCUUGUGCAAUGUUAUAUCUAACAU